CCGUAAGCCACCAUUGUUAACCGUACUUGUCAAGUCACUCAACUAACGGGAACAGAUCCACGCAGUCCACAAAACCUACCUCUACUUCUACAGUGCCAUCUCUUAUGAAGCCCUAGGCCGCGCCGCACACAAUUACUCCAGCAAUAAACUCUCUCUCUUACACUCUGCCCUAGACUGCUUCACGACCUGCAGCGCGGUUCUACCAUCGACGAUCUCGAUUCCUGAUUAUGACGAAGGUGUGAGCGUGGAAGACACAGACGAGUGUGAGACGUCGCUCGUGGACGAUUCGUCCCUGGGUGACUCGCCUGAUUCUUCGUUCUUGGAAACAGAAGUGGAAGCGGAGCCGUCGACGGUUGGAGGGCUUGUUGGAAGUCUUACAAGGAUCAUUGACGAUUCUAUGGCUUGGGACGAGGAUGAUCCGUUUAUUUCACAUGAGCAUGAGCAGGUUAAUCGGGAUGUUGAUUUUGAGUUGUUUAGGCUUCCAAGGGAAGAGUCGAAGGGGAGACUCAUGCCGUCGCCGCUACAGAUUCGGAAGCCUGAUACGGCUAGGAUGGUUUGUACCGAGAGAACUUACCGUCCACCACCGCUACCUAUCAAAAUUGUCCCAUUUGGCACAAAAAUUCGGAAUGCCACCCAAGAGCAUAGCGAAGACGAUGCAAUCAACCGCUACAACAAAACCAUCCACUUCCUCCACACCCAAAUCACCACCAACAUCACAGCCAUCCACACCCUCAUCACAUCCGUCACAGCACUCCAACGCGCCCGCAAGGCAUUCCGAACCCGAAACCUCCGGCGCGUAGCCUCGUUCUGGAGUUUCAGCCCUGUCCAGCCUGACGAGGAUACUAGCGAUAACGGUUGUCUCGGUAGGAAUCCUAGCGCCGGAGCUAGCGCUAGCGUGAGUGGGUCACAAUCUCCUGAAUGGGGUGGGACGAAGGAGACAGAGGAGCAGCAGCAGCAGGAAAGCAAAGCCGAGCGGAUUGCGCGAUUACGGGCAGAGGGGUGGAAGACGGUUGGGGUUAGGAAUGGGCGGCGGGGGUGGAAAGGGGCCGCGUGGUACGAGGCGUACUGUAAUGGGGUUCUGGAUGAGUUGUAUCUGGGUGAGAGCCACGGUUGAGAUUGGAGGUACCCGUGGGUGGAGGAGUGGUUAUUCAUCAUUUGUCGGUGCUAUUUUGGUGCUGCAUUGCAGCUAACUUUAUCUGUCUCCUUUUCGGUCUACUUUUGUACAGUCUU